UAUGAACGUAUCGGCCAUCCCAUGCCAGCACCACAAGUUCUCUUUUUCCUUUCUAAGUGGGGGUUUUUUUUUUCUACAGUGCUUAUGGGGGUGAAUUGCUAUUGUUCCAGCGAUGCAAGGAAUCGCUUGCGCCAAGAUGCUCGGUGCCCGAAGUUCGGGGACCGAGCAUUGAUUCCUAUUGGCCAGUUCCCCACGUGUCCAUAGAGCCUUCAGCCAGAUCAUGCUCUUUCUACCAGGUGCUUGUGGAAAAUCAGAGGGAAUACCCUUCACAAGUCUGGCAUAGCAGAGUAGAAGUCCACUAUGGACACUGAGAUUGAUAGCCCACGCCCGCUGAGCCUUAGGGCACCUUCAGCAUCUAUUGUGCCACACGCAGCGCUAUACGCCGUCCAAGUUCUCGCCCUAAUCCUACCUCCUUUCAGGUGCCGCAAUCAUAUUUUCGCCGGCCUCAUCGUUGGUCUUGCCGUAUACACGCACCUCCAUCCUCACUUCACGAACGACCCUGGCUUGGCACAGCCCUUCUCCAUUGCUUGGUCCUAUUAUCUAGCAACCCUUGCCAAAUUGCUCUUCACUGGCCCCAGUGGUCCUGAAGGUGACUUUUGGCGCAUUGACCGUCCUAAACAGGAAGCAUUAGGAUACAGAGCACUGAGCUGGCAGAAGAUCCGAUGGGCGUUUGCGCUGAUUCUCAACCAGCGUGGAGUGCGCUGGAAUCAUCAAGUUAAGAAUGUGCAUCCAGUCCAGACUACGAAGAAAUCCAAGUUCCUCGCUCUACAAACUUUGGAAUUCAUCAAAUGCUUCUUGAUUGCGGAUCUCCUAUUCAGCUUGAGUCGUCGCUUCUUUUUCACAGAUGCGAACGGCGUAGUGGGGACAAUCCGGAGCGAUGACCUCACUCUGAGGCAUCCAGACAGGCGCUGGAGCUUUGCAAAAACACUCGUCUUCGCCGCCAUGCCUUACUUUAUGCUUAGCAUGCAGUACGUCCAAUUAUCCAUCGUGGCGGUAGCCCUUGGUAUCUCGAAACCUGAGGAUUGGCCGCCUCCAUUUGGGUCUAUCGCCGAUGUGACGACUGUCCGGUUAUUCUGGGGUAAAUACUGGCAUCAACAACUUCGUCAUAUUUUGACGUCUUAUACCGAUACCGUUAUCGACGCCCUGGGUAUUCCUAGAGGUACGAACUGGUCGUCAUAUACGACACUAUAUCUUGCAUUCCUCUUAUCGGGGACUUUCCAUGCCCUAUCCCAGCGGCUGAUGCCUCGGCCCGAGGAUGUUUCUGAAAGUGGUCUCGUUAUUGGCUUCUUCUUGUUCUUUGUCUGCCAGGCAGUGGUUAUUACAGUAGAGGAUUUCGGCCAAUGGUGCUGGAGGCGAUUGAGGAGAUCACAAGCUAUAGGCCAAAGUCGCCGUUUGGCUCGGGUUGUUGGAUAUAUCUGGGUGACUUGGUCCAUCUGGACCAGCCUUCCCUUGGCAGGAGAUACUUUUUUGCGGAUGCGCAUGGGCGAAGAAAACUUUCUGCCUUUCAGUCUCUUUGGGCCAUAUGUUGAUAGGUUUGUACCCAUACCACCUCCCACGUAGACGAUAGAACCAAGAUCAGGCAUAAACUCAAAAGUAUGUGCUCUCACGUUUAAUAACAGC